CAAAGAUGACAACAAAUACACACAGACGUUAUGCUGAUACGGAACAGUACGUAAAAUCUUAUGGAGAUGACAUUCUUCUUCAGUGCUCCUUGGAAGACGCAACAAACCUUGUAAUUCUUGACGACAAUGGACAACCGCUACAAACAAGUUGUAUAAACGCGACCACAGUCCAGGUGAAAGCUAGUAAUCUAAACCUAGGGCCAUACAAAUACACAUGCGAGAAUGGACAGACUGGAUGUAAUCAUUCCGUAACUGUUCGUGUAGUUCCUGCAAUGUCCAUCGCGUCACCAAGUUUUGGAAAACUAGAUAUCGACGUAAAUGAUCUAUACUUCGCACCGCUAGAGGAAGAUCACGAAGUAUUCUGCACUGGCCCUGAUACUUUGUCUCUCUUCAUUGACAUGGAUGAGUGGGAUGAAUAUAAUGAGCGGAAAACCGACAGACAGGUACAAACAGUCAUCAACAGUAGUACCGUUAUGUAUAGAGCACGGGUGGACCGCACUAAAUUUCGAAUAUAUACGUGCUCAGGUGAAGCCACAACAAAGGAUGAAACAUAUACGGUGGACGACCAGUUAAAGGUUAUAGUGAGCUAUUACCCGAAAUCCCACAAUUUUCGCUGCCUUAUAAGUGACUGGAGUGUGCUGGAAUGUUAUUGGCAGUACAGUUACAGUGGGUUUAAAUAUUCUUUGUUUUAUAAAGAUCUCGAAGAUGAAAGCGAAACACCGAUGUGCUUAGAUAUGCCAGGUGAAAUAAUUAAACACAAUACUUGUAAAUGGAAUAUCAAACAUAAGGGACAGAAUAGAUUUGUUAUCAAUCGAAACCUUUCCAUCGUACUUGAGACUUGCAAUAUAUUAACACGAUAUUGCAAAAAUGAAACAUUCAUUUACAAAACCAACUCGCUUAUAAAACUGAACCUGAAUGGAGAUUUGCAUUUCGUCGGAGGUCAUGAUGAUGUUGUAUAUUGGUUUCAUCCAGAUGUGUCGGUAACUUCAGUGUCGUUUAAAUGCGAAAUUUGUAAAUAUCGAGUAGAAUACCGCCUAACAGCAACUAGUACAGCAUGGCGACCGGCGGACAUGUCCACGGCGCGUUGUAACCAUAUCGAUUGCUUCUUUGAGUUAAAAUAUCUCCCUUACCCGGAUAAUGAGUACGAGUUGCGGGUUUCCGCACGGUUGAUUGAGGCAGGCGACUUGUGGUCAGAGCCUAGUAAUAUAUUAACCGUACACACAGACAAGAAGGCAGCGUGCGCGUGUGAAGCACCCCUAACAGCAGAUACGACUGGCUCCCCUGCAACAGCUCGCUGUGAUGCUUGUACACUUAGAGAAAGUAUUAUAAAAGAAAACUUGGCGUUAAUACACAAAAUUAAUGCCAUUAAGAAAAAACUUGCAACUACCAUAGAGAUUUCCCAUUAUUGACAUCAAAAGCAACGGCCGACAGGCUAAAGAUUUUAGGGUAAAAAUAUGUACCCAGCUAGGUUGGAGUUCCAUCAUUUCAUAUUAUAUUUGUUAUUUCAAAAUUUUUUUUCCAUAAAACAUUGCACAUUAAUUUGGCCUUUUUAUCUUUUAAUAGGCAGAAAGUUUUAUUAAAUAGGUACUUAAUGCGGAUAAUGUAAUAUUUAUUAGUAUUUUCCUCACCCAUUUACCACGAUCGCUGUAAUGGGCCAGUCAAAUUAGAUUUUUUCCAGGAAUUAAUUCCCAGCAAUGCGGCCACAUUGCACGCAGAGAUGAUGACCGAUGGGGUCGAAAAGUGCUCGAGUGGAGACCAUGGACUAGCAAGCGUAGCGUAGGACGUCCACCCACAAAACGGACAGACGACCUUGUUAAGGUCCCCGGAAGACGCUGGAUGUGGGUCGCUUCCAACCGGUACGUAUGGAGGUCCAAGGGGGAGGCCUAUGUUCAGCAGUGGACGCGUCUUAUGGCUGAGAUGAUGAUGAUGAUGAUGAAUUCCCAGCAAGCUGGAAAUCGUCUUAAUACCGUCAUUUGGUUCUAAAUUAAUGUAAUACUCGGAUUACACGGAACGGUACGUUCGACGGAAAAUUUGCUCUAAUCAUGAUAAAAAAUUACAUCUGAAGAUCCGAAAAGUUCGUAGUUAAAGAUUGUAAACAAUGGCCGCCACAUUGAUUUUUUUUUUAUAAAAUCGUAAAAUUAGAGCCUCUUUAUAGUUUUUGUUAUGGCAUUCAUACAAUGGUACCUACAUAUAUGGUGAGAAAGAGUAAGCAUAUGAUGUAUUUGUUAUUAACUGUACUUUACAUAGUAAUAGAAAUUAUGUGAGCUGACUUUGAGUGCACGUCAACGUAUUUUUUUGGUAGCCUAGUUCAGUAUACAACUGCUGGGCAAAGGCCUCCCCUCCUUUCCUCCACUCAACCAUAUCGUUUGUUCUUUCCCGCCAAUCCAGCCAUAACAUUGCAUUUUUUAUAAAACCAUAUCUUUCUUCUAAAAAGUAGGUAGAGUUAGACCACGAAAAGUCUGCAGCGAUUUCGAUAGCCCACGCAGUGCCAGUGUUAUUUUAAACGUCAAACUUCUAUGAAAUUAUGACGUAUAAAUAACACUGCGUGGGCUAUAAAUAUCGCUGCAGACUUUUCUUGGUCU